CACAAGGUACAAUGCGACGAAGGCACCUUGGAGCGAUCAUAUUGAUAUGCAGCGGCACAUUAUCGUCCGCUUUCACAGUCCCAUUGCGGCCGUGGGAAUCUUGCGGCAGUGUGAUUUAUCCGCAGCGGCUCCCCCAGUCGGCACGGGCGAUGUCGACGCUUGAUGUAAGCAGCCGCAGAAGACCGGUGGGGUCUUUUUUUAAGCGGGGGAGUGCGCUGCUCAGAGCAGCCGGUGCAGCAGCAGAGACAGGGAAGGAGGUCGACGCUACCAAGCUGGCCGCCGAGCUGACAGCGAUCAAGCCCAUGAAAAUAAAGGAGAUCAAGGCGGAGUUGGAGGAGCGUGGGGUGGAUUGGAAGGAUUUACUGGAGAAGGAGGAGUUCAUGCACAGGCUGGCCUCGGCGAGGGUGCAGGGGAUCACGAAGCCUCCACCCUCUGUGGAGGAGACGAAGGAAGAAGCGGCAAGCACAGUAGGAGGAGAC